AUGGCUGGCGUUUUAUUACCAGAUUUACACGGAAUUCCGAAUUUUGACAUUUCUGAAGCGACGGGCUUAUCGGAAAGAUGGAAACGAUGGCUGCGUGCUUUCAAACUAUAUGCUGCAGGGAAAGGAGUUACUGAUCCUGAUCAAAAGCAAGCUCUGCUACUGCAUACAGCAGGGAUGGAUGUGCAAGACAUUUUUUAUACCUUACCAGAAGGUGAAGGAGAUGAUGCGUAUGAUAAAGCGGUGAGUGCUCUUGACACUUAUUUCACCCCCCAAGCAAACAUACCGUAUGAAAGGUCAGUGUUUAGAAGUAUGGCACAAAUGCCGAACGAAACAAUUGAACAAUAUAUAACGAAGCUACGCCAAAAAUCUGAAACAUGUGAUUUUGGUAAUCGUGAAGCUGUAGACGAACGCAUACGGGAUCAAAUUAUAGACAAAUGUUUGAAUCAUAAUCUCAGGCGCAAAUUACUGGAAAAGGGACGCAACCUUAACUUAACACAAUUACGUGAAGUGGCUAAAGCUAUGGAGGACUCUGAGCGACAAGCAAAGUCAAUCGAAACCCAAGGUCAGAGUGUUAAAAGUGACAUAAACAAAGUUAAUUAUUCAAAAGAUAAAUUUGGGGCCAAAACAGUUCGCAGUAGUAAGUCACAGAUAUGUUACAGUUGUGGUUUAGAGGGCCAUAUAAGGACUGACCCCAAAUGCCCGGCACGUGGAAAAAAAUGUCGGAAGUGUAAGCAAGUUGGUCAUUUUGAACGUCAGUGUAAGACCAAGGACAAGCCAAAAACUAAAUAUAAGCCGGAGAAAAUUCGUCAAGUUUCUCAGCAACAGACACACACUUCAAGUGAUGAUGACUAUGCAUUUAGCAUAAAUCAGAUAAAUGCUGUAUGUGAAAAUAUUGUGGUAUCAGUUGGGAACGUCAACCUGAAGAUGAUAAUUGACUCUGGUGCAUCCUGCAAUAUCAUGGGAAGACCAUUAUGGGAAUAUCUGAAGCGAAACCAUAUAAAGUGCGUUUCAACAAAAUCAUGUAGAGAAUUGUUUGCGUAUGGAUCAACCGAACCGUUGAAAGUAGUGGGAGCAUUCAGUGCCACUAUUGAAGGUAACAACAAAACUAUUCCAAAUGUUGAAUUUGUUGUUAUUGAUGGGAAAGGACAGGCAUUACUUGGUCGUGAAACUGCGUUAAAACUGAGUGUCCUUAAACUCGUACAUCAUGUUACCGAAGGAGCUGUUUGCACCCCGAACGAGACAAUUUUUGAGAAAUACCCAGAAUGUUUUACUGGAGUAGGAAAGUUGAAAUCGUUUCAACUUGAAAUACCGAUUGAUCCGGACGUGGAGCCAGUUAUCCAGCCGAUGAGACGUACACCGUUCAAUUUGCGUGAUAAACUUGAGAAGAAAUUGAAUGAACUCUUAGAUCUUGAUAUAAUUGAACGUGUUGAAGAACCUAGUUCGUGGGUGUCACCGGUUGUGUGCGUACCGAAGCGUUCCAGUGAUGAUAUUCGUCUCUGCGUGGACAUGCGCUUGGCAAACACAGGUGUGAAACGUAUCAGACACCCCAUUCCGACGAUUGAUGAGUUACUUCAAGAGAUGAAUUCUAGUAAAGUGUUCAGCAAAUUAGAUGUCACCUGGGCGUAUCAUCAGAUUGAGUUAAAACCUGAAUCGAGAGAAAUAACUACUUUUGUAACACAUAAGGGUCUUUUCAGAUACAAGCGCCUUAUGUUUGGUGUGAGUUGUGCCCCUGAAUUAUAUCAAAAAGUCAUGCAACAGGUCUUACAAGGGUGUGAAGGGGUUCAUAAUAUCAUGGAUGAUAUUAUUGUACAUGCUAGUUGUCAAGCUGAACAUGACAAAUGCCUUGAAAAUGUAGUUAGGGUAUUGCGAGACAAAGGUAUUACUUUGAACAAGGACAAAUGUCAGUUUAACAUGUCACAAGUCGUUUUUAUGGGUCAUGUUUUAUCAGACCGUGGUAUCGGGCCGGCUGAUGUAAAAGUAAAAGCCGUAGUUGAAGCGCGCGAGCCGAAGAACUCUGCUGAAGUUCGCAGUUUUUUUUAG